CGACCGCGAAAUGUGCAAGCUGGUUGGAUGGUUUCAUUGGAAUGGCGGAUGAAAAAAGAUCAUGGGGGAAGCCUUGAAAGAGCACAGUAUUUCGAGAGGCACCAAAUGGUGUCCAGAGAUGCCUGCUGGGGCCUGAAGGAAAAUAAAGAAAGAAGGCUGCAUGCGAUAUGGUGCGAUGGAAAUGCAGUGUGUGCAGCUGUUAACGAUCUACUACACACAUGUGCUCGUUGUUGUGGCACUUGCGACAUCAUCUCUCAUCCAUACGAGGAUGUGAUGGUGGUUUCUAGAGAGAGGAAGGGGCAUCUCAUCUCGCUGGUCGAUCUUGUUAUCGCUUUUUCGAGUUUUUCCUGUGCGUGUGCGUGUUUGUGUGUGUGCGAUGGAUGGAUUUGCACAUGUUUACCGGCAACGCCUGUACAUGCUUGCUUGGUAUGCUGCUGUGUUGUGUCCACUCUGGCGGUGCAUCUGGCUCCUUUCUCUCUCUCUUUUGAACUUUGUACUCUUUUCUCCAUUCAAAGCUCUGUUUUUCUUCCUUAUUAAGAUCCAGCUUCUCUUUCUUUUCCGUCCUCAUUCCUUCUCUCCACUCAUUCCGCCCUCUACCCUUUCCUCACCCUUCUUCGAGCCAAAAGCAUCCUUACUAUUUCCAAAGUGGGUAUCGAUCGAAAAUGAUUUCCCCCGUUCCUCAGUCGAACGGCACAGACGAAAGAAGACCCCUGCUCGGAACCAACAAUAGCAGUCAUGACGACAACUACAAGAACCGCUCAGCCCUCUACAGAGCCAGAAGAGCCCCCGUCGCCGUCGCAUGUGUCGUGGCCAUGGCUCUCUUCACAGACAUGGUACGUCCACCCUGCUCGUUUUUCUCUGCUUUGGAUCCACUCAUCCUGCAUAUCACCCGGCUACUUCGGUGCCCUGUGGUUGAUGGGAAAUUCCAAUGGUCUAAAGAAAAAA